AUGGCAUUUGCCGCACUCGCGGUCUUAACUCUGAUGGUAGCUCUGGAUGGCACCUCGAUAUCGGUAGCCUUACCCAUAAUCGCGAAGAAGCUAAACGGCACCGCCAUCGAAGCCUUUUGGGCCGGCACAUCCUUCCUACUCGCAUCCACAGUAUUUCAACCUACCUUCGCCUCAUUCAGUCACAUCUUCGGACGAAUGGCAGUCAUCAUGCUUAGCAUAACUUUCUUCUUCGUGGGCGUGAUGAUGGCUGCAUUAUCCAAUGAUUUCACUCUUUUGCUUGUUGGAAGAUCCAUCCAAGGCAUUGGAGGCGGAGGUAUUAUCUCCAUGACCGAAAUCAUCAUCACCGAUCUUGUCCCAUUGAGAGAGAGAGGAAAAUAUGCUGGAAUCAUUGGAGGUAUGUGGUCCAUCGGCAGUGUGUCUGGCCCCGUCAUCGGAGGUGCCCUGGCAAACACUUGGCGAUGGAUAUUCUGGAUCAACCUUCCAUUUAUCGCGGUUGGUGGGGUCAUGGUUCCCUUGUUCCUCAGACUCAAUGUGAUCCCACAGAGUCUUGCCACCAAACUGAAAAGAGUCGACUGGAUUGGAGCCGUUUUGUUCGUGGGAAGCAUGACAAGCUUCUUGAUUCCAAUCACCUGGGGUGGUGUGAUGUAUCCUUGGUCACACUGGCGGACGUUGGUUCCUCUGCUCGUGGGGGCCGCCGGACUCAUCGCGUUUUGCUUUUAUGAGAAGUUUUUGGCACCAGAGCCGCUUCUUCGCUUGUCGGUCUUCGCCAAUCGCACAGCCAACAUUGCAUAUUUCACGACUGCUUUGCAUGGCCUCAUUCUCUGGUGUCUGCUCUACUAUCAGCCGUUGUACUUUGAAGCUGUGAAGGAGUACAAGCCGAUAAUUGCAGGAGUUGCUCUCUUCCCAGCAACAUUCACAGUGGCACCUUUGGCAGUUGUCACAGGGUUCCUGAUCACAAAGACAGGACGGUGGAGGUGGGCGAUCUGGUCAGGAUGGGCCAUUUCAACUCUCGGCCUAGGUCUCUUGGUCCUUUUGAAAGUUGAAACAAGAAUCCCACAGUGGAUUUUCAUUGAUCUCGUCUCAGGCAUUGGGCUGGGUAUUCUGUUCCCAAGUCUUCAAUUCCAGUUACAGGCAGCGUCAACCCAGAAGGACAUGGCAUUUGCUGUAGCCUUGUUUGUGUUCUUUAGGUCCUUCGGUCAGGCACUGGGAGUCGCCAUUGGUGGUGUUAUCUUCCAGAAUGAAAUGGUCAACAAAUUACAAGCGUAUCCUCGGUUUGUCGAACAAGCCAGUGAGCUUGCCAAAGAUGCAGCAGCAUUGGUUGAGAUCAUCAAGCACACUUCCAUUGAGGACGGAAAACUUGACCUCCAGACAGCUUACACCGAUAGUUUGAGGACAGUUUACAUCUUCAUCACUGCCUUGGCUGCUGUGGCUUUUGUUGCAAGUCUUUUCAUCAAAGGUUACGACUUGAACGUGGCUCUGGAGACCGAUCAAGGGUUGAUACAAAAGCAAAAGAAAGAAGACAUACGAGCAGAGGAGGGAGAAGCUGCAGCUGAAAAAUCUGUGGUGCCUGCUGUAUGA